AUGGUCUGGCAUAACAAACCUCUGCAAAUGAAUUUUGAAUUACUGAGUGCAGAGUCUCCAGAUGUUAAGAAAGUGCACAUCACAUUGUCCACAUGCGCUGGUGGAGAGGGUGGAGUACUAAGUGAUGGUAUAAGUCUAUAUGUUAUCCCUCUUGAGCCCAAUCUCCUUCUUGUUCUUGUAUUCAUCAAUCCCUCCCUGGUUCCCCCUAUGUUGUUCAUGCAUAGUAUUAUAAUUAGAGUUCAAAACCAACAGAGUUAUGUGAAUUGGUUAAUGCAACACUUCAUAAGGGCAAAUGCUUUUUUUUGUGAGCUUCCAAAACCUGAGCCAGUCAAGCUCGACAUCAACUACCUGGAACACUAUGGAAUGUCAUCUAUGAGGCCUAUUGUUGCACAUGAUGCUAAAGCACGUAUGGGUGGUCUACCAUUCUUCUUCAAUACUCUUGAUCAUGGUAUGGUCUAUGCAUAG